UUUGCUACCAUCUUGUCAGUUUACAACAAGUGGAUGUUUUCGGCCGAGCACUACAACUUUCAAUUCCCUCUAUUUGUCACUACAAUCCACAUGGUUGUACAGUCAAUCUUUGCUGGAUGUUCUCUGCUUAUCGUACCUAAGCUCCGGCCCAAGAAGAUUCCUACUGGCAAAGAAUACAUAUACAAAAUAUUUCCUUGUGCAUUAGCCACCAGCUUUGACAUUGGUCUCUCCAAUCUCUCUCUCAAGACCAUCACUCUCUCAUUCUAUACCAUGUGUAAAUCAUCUACCCUGGCUUUCGUCUUGCUAUUCGCGUUUAUGUUCAAGUUGGAGAAACCCAAUGUCAAGUUGAUCACUAUCAUCCUUAUCAUCACAGCGGGUGUUGUUCUCAUGGUCUCUGAUGAAACAGACUUUGUCUGGUCUGGUUUUCUGGAAGUCAUGACAGCCUCUGUUUGCGGUGGCUUGAGAUGGGGUCUCACAGAGGUCCUUUUACGAAAAGAAAGUAUGGGAUUAACCAAUCCAUUCGUCUCAAUAUUCUUCUUGGCACCUGUCCAGGCAAUUGUUCUUCUUGUCCUUUCAGGGGCAGUUGAGGGCUAUAUCACCAUCUUCAAGAGUGCCUUUUUUGUGACAUUUUCAGAUGCUAUGCACACCAUGGGUAUUAUUCUCUUGGGAGGUUCCUUGGCAUUCUUUAUGAUCAUGUCCGAGUUCUUCUUAAUCAAACGCACAUCAGUUGUCACUCUUAGUGUGUGUGGUAUUUUCAAGGAAGUGGCCACAAUUUUUGUCUCAACAUUAGUAUUCGGAGACCGUCUUACAAUUGUAAAUACUGUUGGUCUGUGCAUCACAUUGUUUGGUAUCUGCCUUUAUAACUGGAUGAAGAUUCGAAAUGCAAAUCAGGCAGCGAAUAAGGCAAUUGAAGACCAAGAGAUGUCUAAUUCUCAGGAAUUGGACAGAAGCGAAGACCCAAAACAUAUGUACAACAUGGCUGCUGAAAGCACUCCAAUAUUGAUGGUCGAUGGUGCGCUGACAACCUAUAGAGACAGCGACGACUUUGAAAGAAGAAGAAGUUCAGAACAAGAAGGAUAUGAAUUACGAUAG